AUGGAGAUUGAAUCAAAAACCCAAGAGAAGACCGGGUUGAUCAACCUGCUGAUGAGGGGGUUGAUCAAGGGCAAGCUGUUAGAGUUAGCCAAGAAGGCAAAGAAGACUAUCCAAGAUGACCCGAGGAGAAUUAUUCACUCUCUCAAAGUAGGAUUGGCUCUCACGUUGGUGUCCUCCUUUUACUACUUGAGGCCAUUGUAUAAUGCUUUCGGGGAAUCGGGCAUGUGGGCUAUCCUAACCGUGGUGGUUGUUUUUGAGUUCACAAUUGGGGCCACCCUCUCCAAGAGCAUAAACAGAGGCUUUGCAACAUUUCUUGCCAGUGCUCUAGGCAUUGAAGCCCAACAAUUGGCUUGCCUACUUGGACACAAAGGACAAUCCACUGUUCUUAGGCUCUUUGUCUUCCUUCUUGUGACGGCAUCUACAUUUACCACAUUCUUUCCAAAUAUAAAAGCAAGAUAUGACUAUGGAGUCCUGAUAUUCAUCCUGACAUUCAGUUUGGUGGCGGUUUCAGCUUAUCGGGACGACGAGAUCUUAGUGCUUGCCUACCAACGAUUGUUGACCAUUCUAGCCGGCGGUGCAAUAUGCAUAAUCAUAUCCAUAUUCCUUCACCUCGUUUGGGCUGGCGAAGAGCUCCACAAUCAAGUUGCUGCCAACUUAGAUAAGCUUGGGAGCUUCCUAGAAGGAUUUGGAAACGAAUGCUUUAAAGAUACUGGGGAUAUUGGACAUAGUCGUACCAUUGCUGCCAGGGAAGAAAAGCCAUUUCUACAAGUUUACAAAGGCGUUCUCUGUUAG